AUGGAACCGGUGGCCACAGUGGCCGAUAGUGACCAGGACAAAAGCCCAUCUUUUCCGAAUAGGUCGGGCGUAGAAGGGUCAGGAUUCCGGUGGCGAUCAAGGGGGUCCAACCGCAGUCUGCAAGACGCGGCCCGCGAGCUGCAGCGCAGGGGCGGGCCUCCCGGGCGCACACUGCACGUGGCGGAGCGGGAGCGGCGGCGCGAGCUGCUGCUGACCGGGCCCGGGCUGGAGGAGCGAGUGCGCGCGGCGGGCGGGCAGCUGCCGCCGCGUCUCUUCACGCUGCCGCUGCUGCACUACCUGGAGGUGAGCGGCUGCGGGAGUCUGCGCGCGCCGGGAGCGGGCCUGGCGCAGGGCCUGCCGCAGUUGCACAGCCUCGUGCUGCGGCGCAACGCGCUGGGACCCGGCCUGAGCCCCGAGCUCGGGCCGCUACCCGCCCUGCGAGUGCUUGACCUGUCGGGCAACGCGCUGGAGGCGCUGCCGCCGGGCCAGGGCCUGGGUCCCGCCGAGCCGCCCGGCCUCCCGCAGCUGCAGAGCCUCAACCUCAGCGGCAACCGGUUGCGCGAGCUGCCCGCCGACCUGGCGCGCUGCGCCCCGCGCCUGCAGAGCCUCAACCUCACCGGCAACUGCCUGGACUCUUUCCCCGCCGAACUCUUCCGCCCCGGCGCGCUGCCCCUGCUCAGCGAACUGGCGGCUGCUGACAACUGCCUCCGGGAGCUCAGCCGGGACAUCGCCCACCUGGCCUCUCUCAAGACCUUGGACCUCUCCAAUAACCAGCUGAGCGAGAUCCCAGCUGAGCUUGCAGACUGCCCCAAGCUCAAGGAGAUCAAUUUCCGAGGGAACAAGCUGAGAGACAAACGCCUAGAGAAGAUGGUCGGGGGCUGCCAGACCAGGUCCAUCUUGGAGUACCUGCGCGUGGGAGGGCGAGGCGGCGGCAAGGGCAAGGGCCGGGCAGGUGGCUCCGAGAAGGAGGAGAACCGGAAGAAGAGGAGAGAGCGGAGGCAGCGGCGGGACGGCGGCGAGGGGGACGAGCAGGAGGUGGGCGAUGCAGCCCGGCUGCUGCUCAGGGUCCUGCACGUCUCCGAAAACCCGGCACCCCUGACCGUCAGAGUCAGCCCCGAGGUCAGGGACGUGCGGCCGUACAUUGUGGGCGCCGUCGUGCGUGGCAUGGACCUGCAGCCUGGGAAUGCGCUCAAGCGCUUCCUGGCCUCCCAGACCAAGCUCCACGAAGAUCUCUGUGAGAAGAGGACGGCCGCCACCCUUGCGACUCACGACCUCCGUGCUGUCAAAGGACCCUUGCUGUAUGGAGCCCGGCCCCCGCAGGACCUCAAGAUCAUCCCCUUGGGGCGGCGGGAGGCCAAGGCCAAGGACCUGGUGCAGCAGCUGCAGCUGGAGGCUGAGGAGCAGAGGAAGCAGAAGAAGAGGCAGAGCGUCUCGGGCCUGCACAGAUAUCUUCACUUACUGGAUGGAAAAGAAAGUUACCCUUGUCUUGUGGAUGCAAAUGGGGAUGUGAUUUCUUUCCCUCCAAUAACGAACAGUGAGAAGACCAAGAUUAAGAAAACAACUUCUGAUUUGUUUUUGGAAGUAACGAGCGCUACCAGCCUGCAGAUAUGUAAAGAUGUCAUGGAUGCCCUCGUUCUGAAAAUGGCAGAAAUGAACAAAUACACUCUAGAAAAUAAAGAGGAAGGCUCCCUCUCAGAUACAGAAGCUGAUGCGGCUCCCGGACAGCUGUCCCACCCCAACGCAACUCCAGGUGCUGGGAAGGAUGGGCUCUCCCAGCUGGUGGUGGAGCAGGUCCGUGUGGUGGACCUGGAGGGCAGCCUGAAGGUGGUGUACCCAUCGAAGGCUGACCUGGCCACCACUCCUGCCCACGUGACUGUCGUCCGUUGAUGCGCAGAGGCCAUUUGUGUAGCAGGUCCCUGUGUGUUCUGCCUGUUUUAUGGAGGUUUAUAUGUGGUGAUGUUAAAUUAUUCAUUACAUCUUCACUUCAGUACUUUUUAAGA